AUGUUUCAGAGAUUUCCAAACGAGUCCUCUUCGUUCUACACCAAAUUAUACCAGAUUGUUGAUGAUCCUUCGUUCAAUCGAAUCAUCUCUUGGGGCAAAAACAACAACAGUUUCAUCGUUUGGGAUGUUGAAGGGUUUCGCAGAAGGAUCCUUCCCAUGUUCGCAGAGUUUGGUAGGGAUUUCUCGAAGUUUGAGUCCGAGCUUUUCAUUCAUGGCUUUAGAAGAAUCGGGCAAUAUGAGUUUGGACAUGAAGAUUUCGUGAGAGGUGUACCUGAGCUUUUGAUGAAGAAGAUGUCGGUGAAAUCUAGGACUGAGGGGAUGGAGAAAUUUGAAGCUAAACUCAAACCAAGACGAAUUAUAUUCAAACCAAAGAAAGCUAUAGCCAAAGAGGAAGUAGCCAAAGUGGAGGAUCUCUUUCAACAAUUACAAAUUUGA